CACAAUUUGGCUCUACCAACCAAUAAGAAACCUAGUUAUAAGACGUCGACGACAAUGUUAAGCGGCAGCUCCACCGUCCUCCUCUGUCUCCUCCUCCUCUCCAACGUCGCUCUCGCCUUGGACAAUGAUGACGACAAGUGCGUGUUCACGGUUUACAUAAGAACCGGCACGGUUUGGAAAGCCGGUACAGACUCCGUCAUGAGUCUCCGUCUUUACGAUAGUUACGGACGAGACGCCGUUAUCUCCGAUUUGGUGUCAUGGGGAGGUUUAAUGGGUCCGUUUCAUGAUUAUUUCGAGAGGGGUAAUCUCGACAUUUUCACCGGUUUAGGUUCUUGUCUCUCGGGUCCGGUUUGUGCGAUGAAUUUGACAUCUGACGGCUCUGGCGACCAUCACGGUUGGUAUUGUAACUACGUGGAAGUGACGAUGGGUGAGAAUCGUCGGAAAAGUUGUUAUCAGGAGAAGUUCACGGUGGAGCAAUGGUUGUCUCGUGAUGCUUCGCCGUAUGAGCUGUCGGCGAUUAGGAACCACUGUUCGGACUUUGCCAAGAAUCUGCGAGUCGUUGUUCCCACGAUGUGAAUAGGAUUAUCUAUUUUUUUUUUGUAUUUUCGGGGUCAAUGAAACAUGAUGUGAUCAUGCUUAGUGUGAUUGAGAUUUCGUGUGUUAUUUUUAUAAAGCAAAUGUGUUAAUGUAUCGCAAUGCUUGAGAUUUGAGUGAUUUUUUAUAUUCUUUUGGUUCAGGGACAUCUGACUCUGACUGAUUACCGUGU